AUGGACUACGGUAACUACGGCGAUUACUCAACGACGUCGUAUGGCGGCCAAGGCGGCUCUGGCGGAGGUGGCUUCCUUCCGAUGGAAGGCAGCCAGAGCCCUGGCAGUGCGUCAAAGGGAUUCCGCAAAGAUACCCUAAGGCCCGUCACCCUCAAGCAGAUCAACGAUGCUGUCAACACACAAGAGUCGGAUUUCACCAUCGAUGGUGUCGAGGUAGCCCAGAUUACCUUUGUCGGGCAGAUUCGCAACAUCUCGCAGCAGGCACUCAACAUCUCCUUCAAGUUUGACGACGGCACGGGUCUGGGAGAAGUCAAGCUCUGGAUGGACGCCGACGGCCCGAAUCCCCUCGAGCCUGCCGAUGGCUCCAAGCCCACUCUCGUCGAGAAUACCUACGCUCGCGUCUGGGGUAAGCUGAGGUCGUACGGCCAGAAGAGACAUGUCAUCGCACACAUCAUCCGCCCUAUCACCGACUACAACGAGAUCUCGUACCAUCUUCUCGAGGCUACCGCUGUGCACCUGCACUUCACACGCGGACCCCCCGCCAGCGGCGACAGCAAGCCUGCGGCCAACGGUGGUGAUGUGCCAAUGGGCGGCUACGGAGAUGCUGGAUCAAUACCAUCCCACAUCAGCGCUGCCGCGAAGAAGGUCUUGCAUGUCCUGCGGACUGCGCCGCAAGGCAACGAGGGUCUUCACAUGCAGGAUAUUGCGUCCAGGACAGGCAUGGAUAUGGCGGAUGUUGCCAAGGCGGGUGACGAACUGCUUACCGAAGGCAAGAUCUACACAACGGUGGAUGAUACCACCUGGGCGCUGCUUGACGUCUGA